AUGGCGGACAGCGGGGACACGGCCGAGGGCGUCACCGACCCCGACAUGGUGGCCUUGUUCGACGACUUCCUGGGGAAAGAGGUGACGGUGCCCAUCGGGGAGGUGACACCGGCGUCACGGCCCGAGCCCCGGCCGUACCACUACGUGCUGCGGGACACGGAGCAGCAGGGGCUGUGCCUGCGCCACGGACACCUGGUGGCCACCAGCCUGCAGGGGGCCAACGCCGCCCUGGAAGAGCCCAUCAGCGUUGUCCCCAACCGGCACCUGGAGCGCCGGCGCAGUCCCCUCAUCGUGGGCAUCCGCGGUGGCACCCGCGCCCUGUGCUGUGGCACCGGCCCCGAGCCCCGGCUGAGCCUGGAGGACGUGGGGCUGCUGGACCUGUUCUCGGGGGACAAGGACAGGGCCCUGCCCUUCACCUUCUACAAGACCUUCGGGGGCUCCACGCACACCUUCGAGGCCGCCGCCUUCCCCGGGCUCUUCCUCAGCACGGCCCCGGAGGAGCCGCUGGGCCUGGCCCCGGGCGCCACGGCCUUCUACCUGCGCCGCAAGUGA